UGGCGACCCGAGUCUGGGUUGGGCUGGCUGUCUGGAGCUUGAAGUGGUGUCAUUGGCAGUUUGUCACUUUAACGUUUAGCGGCUUCUUCCUUGGCUCGCUCCAACUGCCAGAAUGGGUUAAUACUCAAUAGGUAAGGUAACCAACAUUCAACCACUUGCGGCGAGGGUAACUCCUCUCUUGCUCAUGCUUCCUCGAUAGUUUGAAAGGCUAUCUCUGGAAUUUGCCUCGAUGGUUUGCACACGAAAUUUGACUUUUUCCCUUUUUCGCUUGGGCUAGGAUAUUUGGGUCGGGUUGAUCGGUCGGGUUGAUUGGACGGGUUGAGUGUUUCUCCCGUAGGUAAACCGCCUCGCGGACCUCCAUUGAUCGUCACGCGCCAAGAUAAGGAAAUCCGACGAGACUCUUUUUCGCCACCUCCUUCCUCUCUCUUCUAGUUCACAGCGUCUUGAAUAUCUGCAAUGCGUCACUCAACGCUGUUGACAUGUUGCUGCUGGCUGUCGAUACUCGGCCCGAGCUCGGCGGGCCUUGUCCAAGCCGUGCUCAAGCCGGGCUUCAGGGGCACUAGGGGCGCCGUUGCCAGCGAGAGCAUCAUAUGCUCUCAGAUUGGCGUUGACAUGAUUGGAAUGGGUGGCUCUGCGGCUGAUGCCAUGGUGGCAACAGAGCUAUGUGUGGGUGUCAUCGGCAUGUACCACUCUGGCAUUGGGGGAGGAGGCUUCAUGCUCGUCCGCGACAAGCACGGCAGAUACGAGGUCAUCGACUACCGGGAGACCGCGCCGGCUGCGGCUCAUAAGAACAUGUACAAGAACAACCCCGACGCCAGCGUUCUUGGCGGCCUCGCCGUCGCCAUCCCCGGCGAGCUGCGCGGGCUCGAGUAUCUGCACACAAAAUACGGUGCCUUGCCAUGGAGUACAGUCGUCACACCAUCAGUGCGGGUUGCGCGAGACGGUUUUAAGGUCAAUGAGGACUUGGUUCGGUAUAUGGAGGGAGCCAGCAAGAACAACACCUUCUUGAUGGAUGACCCUGUCUGGGCCGAGGACUUUUCCCCUAAUGGAACGCUGGUUAAACUUGGGGAUAUCAUCACCAGGAAACGCUACGCAGACUCUCUUGAGAAGAUUGCCAAACACGGCGCAGAUAUCUUUUACCAGGGCGAGCUUGCUCAGUCCAUGAUUCGACUUCUGUCGUCAACCAACGGAAUAAUAACGCCCGACGACCUCAAGAACUACACCGUCAGCAUCAAAAAGCCUCUUAGCAUCAACUAUCGCGACUAUCGGCUCUUCACGACCGAAGCGCCGAGCAGCGGGGCCGUGACGCUCAGCAUCCUCAAGACCAUGGAGCAAUAUCCGCUCGAGGAUCUGACGGACAAAAACCUGACCACGCACCGCUUCGUCGAGGCGAUGAAGUUUGCCUACGGGGCGCGGCAGGAGCUCGGCGACCCAGACUUCAUCAGCAACAUCGAGCAAUACCAGAAGCUGAUGACGAGCGACGCAAAGGCCAGGGAGGUCCGCGGCCGUAUCCAGGACAACCAGACACAGCCUAUAAACGCCUACAACCCGCAGGAGCUCUACGCAGCCGAGAGCUCGGGCACGUCGCACAUUGUCACGGCCGACAGCUCGGGCCUGACUGUCUCGUCCACCACCACCAUCAAUCUGCUGUUUGGCGCGCAGAUAAUGACCUCCGACACUGGCAUAAUACUCAACAACGAAAUGGACGACUUCUCGCAGCCGGGGCGGCGAAACUCGUUCGGCUUCGAGCCGUCGCCGGCCAACUUCAUCGCGGCGGGCAAGCGGCCGCUGUCGUCCAUCACGCCGCUGAUGGCCGAGUUCGCGGGCAACGGCACGCUGCUGUUCGCGGCGGGCGCGGCGGGCGGGUCGCGCAUAAUCAGCGCGACGACGCUGAUCGCGUGGAACGUGCUGCAAGCGGGCAUGGGUAUGGGAGAGGCCGUCGCCGCGCCGCGCCUGCACGACCAGCUCAUGCCCGACGUGCUGCUCGUCGAGGACGGCUUCGACCGCGCCGUCUUCGCCGCCCUCGCCUCCCGCCACCACAACGCCACGUGGAUGGGCCCCGGCGCAAGCUCCGCCCAGGCUGUCAUGCGCUUGUGGAACGGCACCUUUGACGCCGCUAGCGAGCCGAGGCAGCGCAACAGCGGCGGCCUGACCGUCUGAUUCUUUUCGUGUCCUCCUAGUCACUAGGUAGCAGUCGUUAAUUCCGUAGACUGCCUUGCUAGUACAAAACGAACAUUUCUAGCUCACCGUGGUGUUGAAACCAGUUCCUCUCCUCUUCUGUCAUAAUGGACAGUUCACUAUCUCUGCG